GGUUUAUCCAAAACAUGUCACAGCUGCUCGUGUGUUUUCAGAAGCUGAGGAAGAUAAUCGUAGAUAGGGAGCUGUCAUGGUAGGAAUAAAGGCUUCCUUUACGUUGUUUCAUGUGUAAUAUUGAGCACUGCUAACAAGUCUCGAUGUUAGAUUUCACCGGUAACAGUUACUGUGCUUGGAAUGUCUAAAGUUGAAUUGCAACAAAACACAGGCUCUCUACUACUAAGCUGGUGGGAUGUGGUUUUGUGAUGGAGAGCGAACAUUGGAACGAUGGAAUUUGGAAAAAACAUUGCAGCAUGCAUGUCAUUAUGAACAGAUGAUGGUUAGCCUGUGUUGAGCACUGGCUGCUCGCAUGUUUAGCUGAUUAAUGGCAGCUUAGUGAAGGUAGCUUUUGUAUACGCGUCUGUGCCAACGUCAUAUGGAAAUCGUUAGGACCAAGUGGUCGUCUCAAGUCUCACAGUCACGAUGGGGAAAGUAAAAUCGUUCGAAAUCACUUUCAAUGACACGAACAAAGUGUACUAUCCGGGACAGCAGGUCACCGGCAAGGUGAUGGUCGAGUUAGAGAGUGACAUGAAGUUGCGAGCGAUCCGGGUGUACAUGCGUGGUCUCGCCAAGGUGCACUGGACAGAAUCGCGCAGCACCACCUCGCGGCUCGGCACCAUAUACACGGAGCACUACAACGCCGAGAUUGAAUACUUCUUCAAGCGGCAGGAGCUGUUCGGCUCGCUCGCGGAGACGGGGGAGGUGCGCGCGCACGCGUGGCUGCCGCAGGGCCACCACGAGUUCGACUUUGCGUUCCAGCUGCCGACGGACGGCAUCUCGACGUCGUUCGAGGGCAAGUACGGCAGCGUGCGCUACUGGCUGAAGGCCGAGAUCGACAAGCCAUGGUCGUUCAACCACAGCACGAAGCGUGCGUUCACCGUCAUCAGCCCGAUCGACAUCAACCUCGUCGAGUACCUCUCGCCCGUUGAGAGCGGCGCCGAGAAGAUGCUCUGCUGUUGGUGCCUGACGUCUGGACCUGUGUCGAUCAAUGCACGCACUGACCGGCGCGGCUACUGCCCCGGCGAGUCGAUCGCAAUCACGGCCGACUUCGAGAACUACUCGUCGCGUCCCGUCAUCCCGCACGCGACGCUCUACCAGACGCAGACGUUCCUCGCCGGCGGCAAGUCGCGCUCGCGCCGCUACAAGUUCACGAUCCUCACAGGCCUGCAGAUCCAGCCGGGCCGCAAGGCGACGUGGGACGCGCAGCUGCUGAAGAUCCCGGCCGUGUCACCAUCGAUCGUCAACUGCUGCCUGAUCAAGAUCGAGUACACGGUGCGCGUGACGCUGCAGAUCCCUGGCUCGUACAACCUGUCGCUCGACCUGCCGAUCGUCGUCGGCACGGUACCGCUGCGCGGCCGGCUGCCGCACUACCGCGCGAUCGACGUGCAGGCGAUGAGCGACGCGCGCGUCACCUACGUGCCGCCGGCGCCGGCGUACCGCGAGCAGGCAACGCCACCGCCGCCGUUCGACUCGUACGGUCCGCCGCCGACGUACAUGGAGAGCGUAGAGGGCGCGGUCGACAUCCGCGACGAGGACGACGGCGACGAGCAGGAGGGCGUCAUGGGCGACUUCACGUUCACGCCGAUGUACACGUACGUCACCGACUACCAGUACCACCAGCAGCCGCCGCCCUACUCGGAGAUUGACCCGCACCCGACGGCCAGCGCCGGCCCAACCGCCAUGUGACCCCCGGCUUGUGUAGGUACUAGGCUUAAUGCGUCUGCUCGUUGCCAUUCACGCGUGCGUGCGUGCAUGUGUGCGUGCGUGCGUGGGUGGGUGCAUUCGCGUAUGUUUCCCGUUGGCGUUCUUGGACAUUCUCGAGGCGUGCCCGGCGAAUGAACCGUGAUGUCUGUCGCCUUGCUCAUUUGAAUUCGGUUUCAACAUCUCGUUUGAGCUGACCGAAUAGAUUGCUAUAAAUCUCGAUAGUGAAUAGUGGUUUCUCUUACAGAGUCUGACGUCGCGUUCGAAAUUAAUGUCUGAACAAGGCUUGUUGAACCGGAAAUCACACGUUAGAUCUGUUUGGAUAUGUAUACGUAAUGAUAUUCGUCCGGUCAAGGAAAUGAAAGCCUGUUUAACGACGCUUCAAUUUCUCUUCCAUCUUCGUCAUUUCGUGUCCCUCGCUUGUACACGCAUGUGCAUGAUCAGACUAUUAACGUCAGAGCCAUUGAUUGACAGUUGUUUGCAAUCACCCGUGAAUUCAACAUUUUCCCUACGAUGAAAAUGCACUGAUGAUUGCCUCUGAGGGGAAUGUUUGGAUGUAAGGUUUUUUUGUCUGGAAUUAACAUGCGAUUGACGGAGUCAUGUUUCUGCACAUGAAAUAUUUCGUGAUAGUCUUCGGCUAGGCUAUUUAUUUUGAAUAUAUAUCGCCGCGUAUGGAAACCUUAAUUUGCAUACUUACAGUGUCGGUAAAAGUUGCAAGAUUGUCAUUUCAGAUAUGAGGGAGAGCGUGUAGGGAACAUUUUUUAACGGGAACAUUUUAUAGUUUUACGUGUAGAUAUUUAAUUGAGACGAGAGAGUUCGAUGUUUUUAAUGUGGUGAUCCGUGCAUGUCACUGGCAUGGGCAGAGUGUAUUGAUUGCUUUGUGUACCCCGAAUAACCUGAAACACGAAAUACAUUGCUAGGAACAAGCGAAGCCUUGAACGAUCUCUCAAACAUCCCAUAUUUCGCCGGUAAUUAUAAUUUAUAUAUUUUUAGCGGCGCGUGCGUACGGCGAAAUCAGAAUCCCUUGCGUGUUAUUACGAACAGCGCCGCGUGCAUUCACGCUACACCAUGAACUGACACUCAGGUGAAAUAAGAUGGUCUCUUUUACAGACAGGUGUUCGUUCUACUGAGGUGGUUUCAAUGUAUAACUGCUACUCAAGGGAAACGCCAAAAGUGUCCUUUACAGGCAGGUGUCCGUUCUAUAGAGGUGGAAGCUAAUACAGGUCGGACUGUACGUGGAAACUACUGACGAACAACGCGCCUGUCGCUGAGCCAGCCCUCACGUUCCUUCAACACAACUUUCUCUUGCGAGAGUUUAGCUGGGAUCAGCGAAAUGAAAUGGGAAGAUUGGCAUCUGACACGUGUAUGGAAUUUUCUCUCCGUCGCGCGGAAGAAGGGGGAGGGGGCGAUCGCCGCGACUCCGUACGCGCGCGUUAGGAUUGCUCUGAUAAAAUUGGCGUAAAAAUUGGCGCGAAUCUGGCGUAAAGAGUGGCGUAAAUUGGCGAAAAGACUGACGUUAAGAGUGGCGCAGAAAUUGGCGUAAAAUUGGCCUGCCGAAGAAAAAACAUACGAAAAAUGACCCGCGAUGCUUGAUCUGACAGACGGCUUUACGAUAUUUCGCCGAUUCGGUUAACUUAUUCGGUAAUUUUCGGUGAAAUUCACAGCGUGUUUCUCUCUCGGGUGGCACGCGCACAGUGGAAAGGUGAGGGACUCUUUAACGCUUCAUCUGCACUCUUUCUCCCGCGAGGCCUGCACGAUGACGUCAUGCUUUCAAUCAACUGCGCACGCAGACGCACUCAAACAAGCCAUGCCUUUCGGUAGAUCGUAAGUGCGUACUCAGGGACGAGACGUCACUAUGCGGGAGAUAUGUUUGUUUUCGGGUUGUGAUAGGGUCGGCGCGGGAGAGAAGGGUGACAGCGCCCCCGGCGCGCGCCGACACACACGCACACGCUCACACACACAAACACACACACACACGCGCGUACACACACGCAG